AUGACAGCUAGAGCUUUCUGGCUUCUCUGUUUGAUCAUUGGAUCCUCCCCCGAAGCCCCAGUGGCAGAAAGAAAAGGUGCAUGUCCCCUGUCUCCUCCGCCCUCCCGGUUUCUCUCGGAGCCCUUUCCGUUGUCCUUCCCUCCAGCCUCCCCUCUCCCACGGCUUCUCCUAUUCGGAUGGCCUCGUCUUCCGGCCUCCCCUCUCCCACGGCCUUCCUUCCCGCACGGCUUCUCCUCCCUGACAGUCUCCUGUUCUCUCCCCACAGCCCCGCCAACCCACGACAGGAAACCCGACCCCGGCGGCGACCAGAGCGCAGACGAGGCGCCGGGUCCCCGGGUGCAGCCAGCCCUUGGGGCCCCACGACGACCGCUCGCGGCCGAGGCCACCCUACGUGCCUGGCCCGAUCCGCGGCGCCGGAAGCCCCUGCCGCCCGCCGAGAACCGCGCUGGCUUCCGGGAGGUCGCGCGCGCGCCAGCCGGCCAGCUGAGUUCGCGCCCGGCGCAGGCCGAGAAUCGCGCGUCGCCGCGCCGCGCGUCGUCGUUAGCGGGGUCCCCGCGGCGUGCGCGCGCCCGGACCCUACGCCUCACGGCCGCGCGCCCGCUCCCGCGCGCCUCAGAAGCCCCUGCGAGCCCCGCCCACCUCAACCGGCCCCGUGCUGCCGCGCCACCGCGCCUUGGCUCGCUGGGGAAAGACGCGGAGCUAUGCCCGCGCGCCUGCAGGGCGGACAUGGAUGAGCGCGAGUCCUACUGCGGAAGCGAGUUCGGUAAUCAUAUCUCCGGCCCAGCUCGGCUCGGCUCGGCUCGCCAGGCGAGGCUUUCCGAGCCCUGGAACGUCGGGAUGUGCAGAUCUACUCCCCUACGCGCAACCCCUAGAGAAACCCACCCACAGGGGCGACCCUGCCGGCCACAAGCCCUGAUUCGUUAG